CUUUUGAAAACAGGUCUUUUGACUAAAUUUCAAGAUCACUGGUACCCUGAAGACUCAUUUAAAGGAUCAGGAUUUCGCAGCAUUAGAAUAAUCGAAGGAAAACUUGAUCCUACAUUUAAAUUGGCAAGUCAGUCAAGUGGUUUGCCGCUAGAUGAAAUAUUGGAACAACUUCCAAAAGGUUUGACUAUCUGGAUUGACCCGGAUGAAGUCUCUUACAGAAUUGGUGAAACGGGACAAGUGAUGAUUCUCUAU